AUGGGACGAUGCUCUACACAUGGCUCGAUCGGGACUCGAAGGGGGCAGACGCAUUGCACAAUGCAACCAAGAGGGUUUUCUCACCUUUGCCUACAGCGAAACGCUUCACGCUCGAGGUCCUGCGGCCAUGACAGGCACGUCUGCCAUUCUAGGCCACACCAUGCAGCACAGGCAUACCGAAACCUCCCGGUGGUAACCCCUUCAUACCUCGUUAGAAUCAGAUUGCGACACGCGCGAAGCCCAAAAGCGACAUCUCGUGAUCUCGCAUCCUUCUCGCAUCACUCCUCGCAAGCCGCAAACCCGCCCCCAAAAUAUCAUCUCUUGGCUGUGACUAGGCCUCCGGGGUGGUCUCCCCCUUCCUACCUGUGUGCAGGCAGCUGUGCAUGCCGACCACUUUGCGCUCUGCCAAUCGAUGCGAUUCCCCGCCCAUAUGCGGGAGACGCCGAAAGAGCGAUGCCACCAGUCGCUACCCGUUCUAUGCUGCAAGAUGCAAAGCUUCGGUGGUGGCUAGCCUCGACUCUUUGCGGAGGAUGCAAGAUAAGCAUGUGGGAUAUGGUUGUGAUGGUGACAAUCUCGGCGGUGCGUGCAACGUGCAAUUCAUCUGACUUUGCUCAAGCUAACAGGCUUGCUUACACAGCAAGUCAGACGACCGACGGACGAGUGCAUACACUGGCGGCUGCUGCUGCUAUCGCGCGGUCGUUGAUGAUUGAUCUGCGAGCAGCAGAGGCCAGACCGCGAACUUCGCGGACUUGGAUGAUCCCGAGCCCGACGUCUCUCUGUCCGCCACAUGGAUGUCAUCCAUCAAAACCCACCAGACUAGGCGCCCUGUCUUGGCAUGGGUGA